CAAAAGGUCUUGGGCGGAGGAGGUUCCUUGCGGUGGGAUUGUAUCAGGCCAUCUGCACCUUGGGGCUUUUCCGUGUGAAGCCACGGUAUCCCGAUCCCUUGAAGAAGCAGCUGGGAUGGGGAGUGGCAGCAGACCGGGCGGUUACUGUGACAAGAAACUGUUAGUGUAAUACCCCAAGCGCCUAAUGACUGAAUUAAAUUUAGAUUCAGUUUGGAAUCCAGAUAAACAAAGAUGUUUUGCCAUUGGUUGACAAUAAGGAGGUUAUGUUUCAAGAAACUACAACUGCAGGCAAGAGCGUUAUCUGGGGCUGAUGCUAUAAAUGCUCUGCGACCGUUCUAUUUUGCAGUACAUCCAGAUUUUUUUGGUCAGCAUCCCAGAGAAAGGGAAAUCAAUGAAAAUUCUCUGAAAAGAUUAAAUGGGUAUUUGGAGAAUCUCCAGAAACCAGGCUUCAGAUCAUUUAAACCAACUCGACUCACUUUUUAUGUACGAGAGAGAGAACAAAGCCCUUCCAGUGUCCAAGAACCAUUUGGUGCUGCAGGAUUUCGAGCAGUGAGUUUUACUUUGCACACCAGAGACUUGUUAAGCACAGUGUUAGAUAUCUUGAACUCCUGCAGUUUAUCUACGGAUCAUGUCCAAAGCUUGAAUGGCAGUGUAAAUACUCAGUCUAAACAGGAAACCAAAAGAAUGUUUCACAGGCCUAUUAAAUGGGACAAGACAUACUACUCUUUUACUGGAUUCAAGGAUCCUGAGGAAGAACUGGAGCAAGCCCAGAGGAUGGAAACCACCCUGAGCUCUUGGUUAGAUAAUAAUGAAAAAAGUGCCACGAAGAAACUGGAGGACAGCUUACCACUCAGAAAAGAAUUAGAUCGUUUGAAAAAUGAACUCUGUCAGCAGUUACAGCUCUCUGAUAUUAGAUGGCAGAGGAGUUGGGGUAUUGCUCAUCGAUGUAGCCAGUUACAUAGCCUAAGUCGCUUGGCACACCAGAGUCCAGAAGUACCUAAGAAUGCUAAAGGACAAACAGUGAUAUUUACAGACCGCUCAGGAAUGAAUGCAACAGGCUAUGUUAUGCUAGGAACAAUGGAUGUUCAUCACCACUGGACCAAAAUUUUUGAGAGGUUGCCAAGUUACUCUACACUGCAAAAAAAAGUGCUGUUUCUAGAGGAGCGCAUUAGUGAACUUUUGGGAGGCAUACAAAUAACUUAUGUUGAAGAACUUCAGCCAAUGUUGACAAUUGAAGAGUAUUACUCUAUUCUUGACAACUUUUAUGAUCAAGUGCAUAAUAAGAGACUUCCAUUUCACCCUAAUAGUCUGCGUGGAUUGCAGAUGAUUCUAGGAAGUGACAGAUAUGCACCAAGUCUUCAUGAACUCGGUCACUUCAUCAUCCCGGUAAUGUGUGAUCUAGUAACUCUCCAGUGGUUUAUCAUGGACAAAACUCAACAAGCAAGAGAAAAACUGAAAAGAAAGGAAGAGUCCAUACUACUAGAAAAGAAGCUGAUCAAGGCUGUCACAAAGAAAUUUUGUCUUCAACAGCUAUAUAAAGAACCCAGUGUUUCCAGUGCACAAAUGAUUCAUUCAUGCAGCAAUCUACUGGAAGAAUCAUUGCCAUAUUUACAAGGUAUGCAUCUCUGCAUUUCCCACUUCUUUUCUGUUCUGCAAGAUGGAGACCUCUGUAUCCCUUGGAACUGGAAAAACUGAAAGUAAAUGGUGCUAUACUCAAUGUAAAAGAGAACAAAUGUUAUUUAUGCAUUGGUUUAAACAACUAAAUUGAAUAUUUCCCAAAGUAAAUUAUGAACAAAAAUUCCAUGCCAGUAUUAGGAAACAAGGCAUAGCAUUUAUCUGGAUUUUCCUGCUGUUCAGAAAAUCUAAAAGUAUUAUGUCUACGCUUUUUUUGGCAAGACUCUAUAUAUAAAGCGGGGUGAAUCACUCCACUAAGUUGCAUAUGGCUCGAUUUCAAGACUAAUGAAACUGUAUAGUGGGAAAUGAGGUACACAAACUUUGAAUGUAAUACAAGAAGCACACAAAUGUGAACCUUAAAUGUUAAAAUUUAUAUAUCCCCAUGUAAUAUAGGAAGAUAAAGAUUUCAGUAUGCACAAGUUGUGUUUGGAGAAGCAUUCUCAGAAUGAAAGAUGGUAAUUGAAAUUAUUUUGUAGUGGAAAUGUUUUUGAAAAUAAAUAUUUCUGCAGAAUCCUAGUGGUAAAUAUUACUGAUAUACUGUAUUUGCAGAAUUAUUGUACACCUUGUUUGACAAAGAUUUUACAAAGGUCCAUUGAAAUGUUUUGUCUGUUAGAUCUUGCACUUUAUAUUUUUCAUGUAAAUAAAAGUAGCUCUGUAUAUGAUCAAUUCCUUCUGAACAUGAAUUUUAAGCAUUUCUGCUUUUGAUUAAGAUAGUAAUAUGUGCUUCUUUGUAGACACUUCAGUAGAUAUUAUUUGGGACUUUUAGGUCGGUUUACCUCAUGCCUUUACAGAGAAUAGCCACUGAGGACCUAUUAGCCUCGCUGCCAUUCAGUCAUAUAUUUUUCAUAUCAGAUCCAGGUUGAUUAGGCUGGAGAAGCCUUCUGGGUAGCCCUGAUAUACUUACAUGCUAAUUCAUCAGUAAUAUAGAUUAGACUAUGUCCUUACAGAAUCCAUCUGCAUAUAUGAUCAUUGGAUGCUAUGUAAAAGUAUUUAAAGAAAAAUAUUUUAGGACCUACUAUGGCAGAGGAGAAAGCUGUUUGUGCUAAUUAAGGUCUUUUUCUGCUAGGCAUGCAAGCUAGUGGAGAUGACUACCUUACAUGGAAGUUCCCAGUGUUUGGGACUAGGAUGGACUUAUGGGAAGGAAAAGGCAUGCUGAGCAUGUUUUACAAUCUUUAGAUAGUUCACUCUUUUCCAGUUGAGUGCUGUAUCUUUCACAUUGAGCCACAAUUAAUAUCCUGACAGAGGUUGAUAGAAAUUGUAGGCCACUCAGUUUUGCACUAGGUGGGAAAGGCUGACAUAUAUGAAUAAUUCACAGGUGACCCAAUUAUGGCCCUGCAGAUUUUUGCAUUCCAGCUCCCACCAACUUCUGUUACCCUUGCCAAUGUACCAAUGUACAAAUACAUUAGCUAGGGUAACAGAGGAAUAAACAUCUGCAUUAUCUAGAGUAACAUAGGCAUAAACAUCUGCAUUAUCUAGAGUCCACAGAUUGCUCCUUCCUGGAUAGUCAUAUGUAUCAGAUCAACAGCAACCUUACCAAUUUGAUUUUGCUAGCAUGAAAAGAACCAACAGCAAUUGUUUGCUAAGAGAUUGUGACAUAUUUGUUCUUAUCCGAGUUUAUGUAUGUCUUACCUGAAGAAGAGAGGCUUUGAUAAAAAUCUACAUACAAAUAAGUAUUUGAAUAGGGCACAUUGUUUUGAAUAUUAUUGAACUAAAAUGUUAAAGUUUUUAAAAUUUUAACCUUCUCAAUAAAUUUCAUAAAAUGCACUUACAAGUUGUUUAAAAUGGAUGACUAUCUUGAUGAAAACUCUGAAUAAAGACGGAAGAAAGUAUUAAUUCCUAUAAAUGAUGAAGCACUUUUGUCCUAAGUAAGGGCUGUUGAUGUUGCAGAUUCUCAAAAAACAAUCCUAAACUUCAGGAAGGAUACAUCUUUUACUGUUAUCUGAUGUUAUAAUAUGAGUUUUUACUGACCUGUGCCAAAAUGUUUAAAUGACUCAUAAUGAGAUAUCUGUGUGUUCUAAAAAUAAAACAGAGUC